AUGCUGCCGCGGGAGCUGAGGUCUUGCCUGGAGAUCCGAAUGAGACACCACGUCAACCGGCGCGGGGAGUCCCGUGAAGACAUGAGGGCGCCAGGAGCGCAGGCUGGUCUUCUAGAGCCGGGGCUGGGGGGCCGGGAGCCGGGGUGGGGGAGGGGAGGUGCAGGGCCCCCGGGAGGGAGGGGUCGGGAGGCGUCGGCUGGGCCGGGCUGUGGGGGAGGAGAGGCGAGCAGCAAGGAGGCGCUGGAGUUCCCGAGGCGGGGGUCCGGGGUGCGAGUGGGCUACGCGAGGCGCCCCUCCCUGGGCUGCAGGGAGAGCGCUGAGAGCGUGGAGACGCCGCGGGGCUUGCGCCUUCUCCUCCGGGUGGAUCAAAAAUCGGCAGGAAUGUGCGCCGCUCUGCGCGGGCCAGCCGAAGGGGGCAAUCCGAACUUGACCGCGGCGCCCGCGCCGGGCUUCGCCCCCGCGCGCCGCACUGGGAGGGAGGCGCUUUGCCGGUGCAGCGCCGCGCCGGGCUUUCCUCGCGCCUGUCGAAGGCCGGCCUUCCCGCUCGGUUGUCUCGUCCUCUCGCUUCUCCGCAGGGCAGGAGGCAGCGGCGAGAAAAGGAGCUGCCGGGCAGCUGGAGUUCUAGCACCGAGAAGGAGAGAUGCGGAGCGGCCGGCCACGUGUCUCCGAAAAGCCUUCCGGAAAGGCCACCCAGCCAGGCCUCACGAAAACUGGAUUGAAGUUCAGGAACUGGAAGGUCAUUCAGGAUACAGCCCUGUGACUGGGUUAUCUCGCUGCCCCCUCAGCAGCAGGCAUCUGCCGAUUCCUACUAACAGGCUUAGCCGCCAAGAUGAGGACAUUGAGGAUCAGGGAUGUUGAAAUACUUGCCCAAGGAUGCACAAGUGGAAUG